AUGCCCAGUAAUCGCUCGUCCAUUGCAAAAACACGACGGGGCGAGCGAGACCAGGAAUCGAUCCACAGAGAACACGCACCGGAGGCGCAUUUGACGCAGGGCAGUACGGCGUGUUUCAACUGCCGCGCGCUGAGGCAACGAUGUGACCGGCAGACGCCAUGUUCCCGCUGUAUUUCUCAGUCCCGGCAAUGCAGCUAUCCGUCAGGCACAAAUCGCGGAAAGCGACGGUCUAAUCAUCACAACCACAGCAAGCUAUCCAUUGUAAAUGACCUGCUCGACCGAUUGGACGAGAGGUCCGUUCGAGAUGAGAUUGUCAAGUCACUUCUCAAUUCCAACCUCCCUGCGCUGGAGCAGCACGCAGCCGCAGCAUCGUCAGUCACGGAACCCGCGAUAACAGCGCCGAGACGACCACGCAACGUCGAAAACAAUGAUUACAGCGAGAACGAGAUAUAUCCACUAGUAUCUCCUUUUGAUGCCAUGGCAGCGGCUGUAACAUCAACUGCCAAACCUGAAAAUGGGAUACAAGCCUGCCGAACGCUAUCAUUUCAAGGGAAGCUUGGCCAAGGAAGCUCUGCUGGGCUCAUAGAUGCACGAGUCGACAACUACUUCUCUCCCGCAUCAAAGGACGAAUGUGACUGGGAAGCACUACUAUCGCAGCCUUCGGACAGUUGGUUGAAACUGGACCACCGAGCCUGUGACCCAAUAAGUGCUGGCAUCAUAGACCAAAGUGAUGCAACUCUGUAUUUCGACCUGUUUUUCAAGCUUCGAAAUCCGCUACUAGGCAUCCUUGAUCCCGACUUACACACCACUAGCUACGUGUACGCCAAAUCGUUCACCCUCUUCUCCGUCAUAUGCGCGCUCGGGUGUGCAGUCUCUGGCCGCGUAAGAGACAGAAUGUUAUAUCCAGUUCUCCUAGAUCUAGCCGAAGCCGACGUGAAGUGGUCCGUCGCCUUUUCUGUAAAGUCGCUCGAAACAAUCCAGGCAAUCAUGAUCAAGCAGUACUGGGCGCCAACACCUCGUUGCCACUCGGAAGACCCUUCCUGGCUGCGCCUGAGCCACGCAAUUCAGAUUGCGAGAGAGAUGGGCAUUCACAAGCCUCAAGUAAUCUCCGCGCAAGUCGAGGCCUCUAUCUCAUCCAUAGAUGAUUCGGGCUUGAAAGAGCGUAUAGCACGUAACUUCGAGCGAACCUGGCUGUACAUAUUUCUUGCCGACAAAGGGUUUGGAAUCACAAUAGGUCGCCAUAUGGGUGUGUCGUGGAGGGAAAUUCCUGCCUCGGCGGCCGAAUGGUGGCGGAAGCCCAUGACGGCACCGACAGACCGUAUUCUGAGCGGCGUCGUUGAGACGAGGGGAAUACUGCUCAAUGCUUUGGCGCAGCGUAAGCGAACGGAUGAUGGAACCUUGACUUUCAUCUCGGAGUGGCACCGGCACUAUUUCGAUCUGCUCGAAAAGAUUCGGACUGAACGUUGCAGGUCAGAUGAACCCUUCCCUUCGAAGGUUUCCUCUGUCAUGGCAUUUUAUAUUGACCACGGCAUCAUGGUCCUCAAUGCCGAAGCGGCUCGCAGCCUGCUCGCCUUGGCUGAUGGCGCGACGACAACCGACUUCAACACUGUGUCACACAUUAGCGUCAAAGUUGCAAGUCGCUUGUUAAGCUUGGCAUUUGAUGCCGAGAAUGGCUUGGGCCAGUAUCUGAUUGGAUUCCAGAACAAUCAGUUAAUCAUGAUUUGCCACGCAGCUACGGACAUUUUACAGGCCAUGCGUAGAGGUACGAUGGCAGAUCCAGAGCUCUCCGAGGCUGCCACCCUGGUCAAAGCCAUCCCCGACCACCUGGAGAAGGCCGCUGACCAGCUGCCCGCCACUUGCAUGAUUCAUUUUUAUUUAGACAUUGCGAAAUGCUUUGCCUCGCAGGCAACUACAAUCAUGACUGCUCUGAAAAGCAGCGAAACCGACGAUACAAUCACUGGCAUUGUAGACUCCGACUUCCCCCCGGCGGAUUGGUGGCGGGCGCUCGAGGUCGAGCCGCUUGAUCCCACCGCAAGGUUCGACGUUGGGCUGCAUGGAUCGGGAAAACUUGAUUAUGACUUGUACAGCUUUACUGGUAUGGGUUUCUUCGAUAGAACUGACUCUGCUUAA